CACUUCGUACUGGGAAGUUUGGAAGCUCUCCCUUGCUUUCUUGUUUGAAGAACACCAUUCGUCAAACCGUCAUCAAGUAAGGAUCAUCGACAGCAAAUUGAUAGAUAGUCACAUCAUUGCAAUAAGAACAAUAAGAACAUUAACAACAAAAGUAAAAUAAUGAAUAGACUACGCGGUGUGUGGCCGUUGCUUCUGUUGUCGCUCUCAGUUGCGCAGGGAGAAGACGCUCUCUCCGGCUCGAACAAACACCAGAGUCUGAAUGAGCCUUUCCAAUCCUCCUUCCACAACCUCAAGCACAGUCCAUGCACAACUCUUUAUAAUCGAGAAGGACGCACAGGCUGUGGUACGGUCGAUCGGGAAAUUCAGUCGGGGCCAAUUUUCUACUACGAUGGAAGCAGCAGUGUUCCCGCUGCCGGCGAAGACUACGUUGCAGUCAUUGAAGAAUAUUACAUGACAGCGGAAGUAAUUAACAAGCUUGUGUCAUACAACACAGAAGGUAAUCUUAAAGGUAUUAUGGUCUUGAAUGGAACCGAUACAAACGAUUCGAAUGACUUUCCUUCACCGGGACCAAAAUAUCCUCUUGGUUACGGUACUCCAUCAGAAGGUAUUAGCUACGGCGACAAUUCAUUCGCUUGGAAUUCCAAUGGUGAUGGACUUGUCCAUUCCGAUUUGUACGGAGUUCCAAUGGUGUACAUCGAUGAAUACGAAUCAUCAUACUAUAUUCGMAGUGCUGCAAAAGACGAGAACAAAGCCAGUGAUAUUUAUACGGAAUUCAAUUUUUACAUGGGACCCGAUGGAAUCAACAGCAAAGACUGUCUCGCAUGGGUCGAUACGGAAAGCCAGAAUUGGAAUCCAAAAUGUGCUCCACUUGGAGGAGUUAGCGUUUGGGGAUUUGCUGGGUCUCCACCUCCCAGCAGCGAUGAUUCGAACGCUAACAACGGCAAUGCCAAGCCGGCGGUUGUAGUGGGUACAUCCGUUGAUUCGACUUCCAUGUUUCAUGAUCUCGUACCAGGAUCGAACGAAGGUGCAUCAAAUGUUCUAGCUACAAUCAUGGCAGCCUACCUUUUGGGUCAAUCAGUUGAUGAUGCUACUCUAGAUCAACUUCCAAAUCGAAUUGUAUUCGGUUUUUUUGAAGGAGAGGCAUACGGAUAUCUUGGCUCCAGAGGAUUCAUCGACGACGUUUACAAUUUUAACUGCAUGGACCAAUACAAGGUCCGUUCAAAAGCAAACGACGAAAACUCCGACAUGGCGUGUCUCUACCCUAUGAGGCCUAGUCUGAAAUUUAAAGAUAUUGGAGAAAUUGCGGCCAUGCUGACAGUUGAUCAGGUUGGAGUACCCUCGGGAGACGGUAACUUGUACGUGCACAACUCAGGUGAAACUGACAUGGGAGCUUUUCUGGCCAAAGUCAUGAAAUACUCUGGAACUAGUUACUAUACAGCGGUUGCAUCUGCAGCUAAUAAUGGGAAUGAYGGGUACCCUUAUCCACCGACCCCCCUGAACUCUCUUUUGUCUGUAACUGGAGGUAAUGUGGACGGUGCUGUUUUGACGGGUUAUGAUUACCACUUUACCAAGCGCCCACCGUAUCAAUCACACUUACAAUGGAUCAAAGAUCAAAAUAUGAACCUCAAGGCCAUUGCUUCUUCAGCAACUAUUAUGGCCCGAACGGCACUGGCUGCUGCUUAUGAUGAUGGAGAAUACGAUUACGAAUCGGCCUCGACUUAUGCAAAGAACGCCAUACCGGAACUCUCGUAUGAAAAUGACGUCCUGGUUGACUUGGCUAAUUGUCUCUUUGUYAAUGGCAACUGUAAACUCUUAAAAAAGCAUGCCUCGAUGGAAGCUGCUAAUGAUAAAGACAAGACUGGCUUCAACAUUGGAACUGGUCAAUCCCUUGGAAUGCCGCCAAAUUAUUACGUUGGCAUUUAUCACAUGAAUACUGGGCAGCCCUUUGUCAAGGUUGGUUCCAAAUGGUACGGUUCCUAUGACGGAGCGGAUUACGGAAAGUCAAAGGGAGAUUCGUUUGGAAUGCAACCAAAAAUGUUACAACAAGCACUGAGGAAUAUGCUUCACUCAUUUUUGGGAAAGGGGUCUUCCAUGGUAGACGAGAACGGCGUUGAUCUAUCGCCCAAGAAGUGUUCGUCGGCUGGCGCAUGUAAGGGCAUCUCAUAUUGUGGGGCAGAUGCUGACUCGGCUAUGUGUUCUGCCGACAACGUUUGUGUUUGCAAGCGAGGAUUCUACCAUAUCGCUCUCGAUGAAGCGUUGGUCCCAACACCGAACAAGAACACUGGGUUCUUUGAUAUUUCAAGUAGUGACGCUGGCGUGAGUCCGCUAUGGACCGAACCUUACUGGUCACCMAAUGUUGGGGUGAAUUUGUAUCGCCAGUCGGAUACCACGGCAGGAUGGUAUGUGCUCGCCGGUGGCGCUUUAUUUACAGYGUUCUGUUUUUUCGUAGUGGUUCUUUUGAAGGUUGGAAUGAAAAAAGAAAAAUUAUAUUAAGUGUACCAUUCGGAUUGAACAUCAUUCAGACAUUAGUCUCGAUUAUUUUGAUUCCAGCAAGUUGGAUUCAGAUGAUGCAUCCAUUGAAGUUGUAUGUGUUUAUUCCAAGGAUGCAAUGCGCAAACAAUGAUGUAUAGAUAAUUAUCAUWAYCAAUAAAGAACAGCAAUUUGU